ACUUGCAUAUAUUGUCGUCGUUUAUGACUUGUAUCUAUCUUUUAUGUUUGAAGCAGAAUUUGGCAUAUCCGGUCACACGCCGCUCUGCAAUGUGGUGACUUGACUGUUGCGAAUAAGACUGAGCUUUCGAAAUAAAACACGCGACCUUUCUUCGGGUUCUGGGCCGUACAUUGGUGGGGUUUUUGUGGUUGUUGUAUGUUUGAAUUGUAUGAAUUUAACUUUAAUAAAUAUAUAAGUGCUGUUGUAUACGAGUCACACUAGCACUAGAUUGUCUUUUUGGAGGAGGUUGAGAGGGCUGUCUUUUGUUGUGAAGGCUUAGAGUAUAUCGGUCCGUUUUGCGUGAUCCCGCCAGUUCUAGCUUCUUCAGUUGGAAGUGUUCGUAGGUCUUGAGUAUUUGCAAAGAUUUUUGCGCCAUAAUAUGAGCGUCAAACUCACUCAAGGGGCGAUUGAGGCCCUGUUCAACGAGUCGACGGUCAAAAAUCCGGUGCUGCAGGUUAUGAACAUCUGCGAGUUCCCGACCGCCAAAGAAGGCCACACCAGGUACCGGCUGAACCUGAGCGACGGCGUGCACUGUUUGUCCUGCUUCCUGCUGGCGACGCACUUGAACCACCUGAGGGAAGCCGAGCUGCUGGAGCCGAACUGUGUGUGCGUGCUCAAGAAAACCGUCUCCUCCUCUUUGGCCAGCAGGCGUGUUGUGGCGGUGUUGGACCUGGACGUGUUGCUGACUGCCGCCGAGACGGGCGGGAAGAUUGGCAAUCCCGCACAGUUAACCGAUCAAACUCCAGGCCAGCAGGAGGUGCAGCCGAGCACCUCCGGGUCGGAUGAAAUUGCCGGACCCUCUGGACACUGCGCAAGCAGUGGCAGAAGCUCCCUGACGAAGGCCCCCGGGAUGGCGUCGCUGACCGGGUCUGGCCUGGGCUCGCCCCCUCCUGCACCCUCGCAGAGUCCCAAAAAGUUGACCCUCAUCAACCAACUCGCCCCGUAUCAUUGCGAGUGGACCAUCAGAGCUCGAGUGACCGUCAAGUCGCAUAUCCGAACCUGGAGCAACUCCAGAGGGGAAGGGAAGUUCUUCAGCUUUGACGUCGUGGACCAGAGCGGAGAAAUCAGGAUCCUCGCCUUCAACAAGCAAGUGGACAAGUUUUUCCCCCGGCUGGAGCAAAACCAGGUCUACCUGAUCUCCAACGGCUCGCUAAAGGUGGCCAACAAGCAGUUCACGUCGCUCAACAACGACUACGAGAUCGCGCUGAGCCCCAUGUCGCGCAUCGCGCCCUGCCACGACGGCCGCGGCGUGCCCAGCCUGCGCUGCCUCUUUGUGCCCAUCGCGCAGUUGGAGGACAAAGAGCCCGACACCAUCCUCGACGUGAUCGGCGUGUGCGAGGAGGCCGAGGACGCCGUUCACAUCACCAGCAAGGCCGGCGAGCAGCUGACCAAAAGGGCGCUGACGUUGAUCGACUGCAGCGGCAAGACGGUGACCCUCACGCUGUGGGGGGAGCAGGCUCAGAUGUUCGACGCUUCCCGUCACCCGGUGGUGGCCAUCAAAGGGGCUCGCCUGUCGACCUUUGACGGUCGCUCGCUGUCGGCGCUCUGCAGCACCACGCUGACGGUCGACCCCGACAUCCCCGAGGCCUCGGCCUUGAGAGCCUGGUACGAGCGGGCCGGCCGCGACCGGUCCUUGACGGGACGCCGCUCCACAAGUGGCCAAUCGGAGAUCAAGUGGAAGACGCUCGCCGAAGUCAAGGCGGAACAGAUGGCGUGCGGCCAAAAGGCGGAGGACUUCAGCUGCGUGGCCACGGUGAUAGCCAGCUACAAGGAGAACUGCCUGUACCAGGCCUGCCCGGGCGAGUCCUGCUACAAGAAAGUUUGCCAGCUGGACGACGGACGCUACCGCUGCGACAAGUGCGGCACGGACUACCCCAACUUCGAGUACAGGUUCAUGCUCCCCGUGAACUUGGCCGACUUUGGGCACAGCGUGUGGGCCACUUGCUUUCAGGAGGCGGCCGAGACCUUGCUGGGGAUCAGCGCCGACCAACUGGGCCAUCUGAAGGAAACGGACGAGAAGGCCUUCAAUAAAGUCUUCCGUAAAAUCCAGUACACCACGCACGUCUUCAGGAGCAGAGUCAAGCUGCAGAGAUACGACGACGAGUAUCGCCUGAAGGUGACGGUGAUGGAGGUCCUCCCCGUGGAUCACCAGGCGUACUGCAGGAGGCUGCUGGACAACAUCCGCUCGCUGCCCCGCGCCGACUCGCGGCCGAGCCUCGGCGCCGCGCCCCCUUGACCGCCACGAGCCAAGCAAGUGAGGCCAACGCUCGGCACGGCGUUUUGUUCUUCUUUUUCUCGUCGGGGCUUUGUUUUGAAACGCCCUUUUCGUUUGCUCCGUUCGAUGCGAUCGAGUCCGUUCGUUGCCGCCGCUGUCGCGCGUGCAUUUUGUUUGGCGCCGGCGCUCGCGUGACUCACCGUUGCGCCUUUGUUGCGUGCGCGUGGGCCGCUUGACGCCUUUUCUUCGCCGCCUGCCUGAAAGGACGCCUUUGUUCUUUGAGCAACCAGAGAGAGAAAAAGAGUCAUUAAAAGAGUUUGCCGUCCGAGUUUGCCUUUGCUGGUUUUGUCACGAGUGGCGCCGCGACUUUGGCCCCGUGCACGUUUCCCUCGUCGCAAAGUCCCAAUUUCCCGCCGUGCCCUUUUUCAUCGUCGCCGCCUGAAAUUUGCGAGUCGGCCGAUUGGACGCCCAAAUGGGGGGUCGAGUUGC